AAAAAUUCGACGAAUUAAAAAUUUUCAAAAUUUCAACCCUUAAAAUGAGAAAUUUUCUAGAAUGUCUAUUUAACUCAUUCAUCAAUUGUCUCCGCAACCGCUUACUUUCACACCACGUACUCCUAGCCGUGGCCUGUUUGCUUUAUACGGUAUUUGGAGCCUGGGUUUUUCGUCUGUUGGAGGGGGAGAAUCUUAAAGAAACAAAAUCAAAACAUUUAAACUUGAUCGACAAAAAUUCAAUUUUAUAUGCCGAUGCUUUAUGGAGUUUAAUAAAUAAUCCUCCUCAACGUUUAAAUGAGAGGGAACUAUCCGAAAAGGAAUUAAUUAAAGAAAUUUUGGAAGGUACUAGAGAACAUUUUGAAAAUUAUGUGGAUACUGUGUAUAGUGCACACAAAUCUGUUAGGCAUGGAUUUGAGGAGAACCCGCCAACUUGGGACUUCAAAAACUCCCUCUUCUUCACAGCUACAAUGCUAACUUCAAUAGGUUAUGGAUAUGUUUGUCCAACUACUUUUUAUGGGAGACUUUUUGGGGUGUUCCUAGCCAAAUUUUUCACUGAAUUUGUUUUCUUCCUCCACUACAAAUUUUGGGCUAUUUGGGGAAAUUUAAGAGAUUUUUUUCGAAGUCGAAGCAAUAUACCUGGCCAAAAUUCAAAUGAAAAUAGUGGUGAAUUAAUAGGAGAAAAUGAUGACGAACAGAGUUUCUUGGAACGUGUCCGUCUUGUUCGUUUUCCACCAUUUAUUGCUUUUACCCUAGUUAUAGCCUAUGGCUUCCUAGCUGCUUUAAUAAUUCAAAAACAAUACGAAAUUAAAUGGACAUAUUUAGAAUCAUUAUAUUUUACUUUUAUAAGUAUAUUGACUGUUGGUUUUGGCGAUUACCGUCCCCAUCCAGAAAAUAUGUUUCCCGUUCUGAUUCUGGUUAUUUGUGGUGUUAUAUUCACUACUAUGUGUUAG